AUGGCUUUUGAACUAGCAUAUGCUUUCUGCUUUCUGCUUCUCCUUCUACACCGGCCAUUUCCCACCACUGCUCAAACUAACAAGAACAUACCUUUGGGUUCAUCCCUCACUGCAGACAAUAGCUCUUUUUGGGCCUCACCAUCUGGGGAGUUUGCUUUCGGUUUCCAAGAAAUUGGUAGAAACGGCUUCUUACUUGCCAUCUGGUUUAACAAAAUACCAGAAAGAACUAUUGUGUGGUCAGCCAAUGGUAAUAAUCUAGUGGCAAAAGGAUCCAAAGUUGAGCUCACUGCAGAUGGACAGUUUAGGCUCAAUGAUGCUGCAUCAGGCAACCAAAUAUGGGUUGCUGAUUCUGCUGGUACCGGAGUUUCCUAUGCAGCCAUGCUUGACACUGGAAAUUUUGUGCUGGCUAACCGAAGUUCAAUCAAUUUGUGGGAGAGUUUUGAUCAACCAACUGAUACAAUCCUACCUUUGCAGACUCUAAAUCAAACAAGCACACUCUUUGCCCGCUACACAGCAACAAAUUACUCAAAAGGAAGAUUCCGCUUUGCACUACAACCGGAUGGAGACCUCUUGCUUUACACAACACACUUCCCAUUGGAUUCUGCUAAUACUAUCUAUUGGUCAACCGACACUGCGGGUGGUGGUUAUCAGGUCAUCUUCAACCAGUCUGGCUCUAUUUACCUUACUGCCAGGAACAGAAGCAUACUUCAUAUGAUAUCAAACAGCACAGUUUCAACCCAAGAUUUUUACCAGAGAGCAACUCUUGACUAUGAUGGAGUUUUGAGGCACUAUGUCUAUCCUAAAAGCACUGGCUCAAGUGCUGCUGGGUGGCUCAAGGCUUGGACCAGUUUGUCCUUCAUACCUCCAAAUAUCUGCAUGACAAUUUUGCAAGAGAAAGGCGGCGGUGCAUGUGGUUACAACAGUAUAUGUAGACAUGACCAGGGAACAAUUUGCCAGUGCCCACCUGGUUAUAGCUUCAUUAAUCCAGAUGAUGUGUUGAUGGGAUGCAAAAAGAACUUCAUUUCACAAAGUUGUGAUGCUGCCUCACCAGAGACAGAUCAUUUUUAUUUCCAAGAGAUGCAAAACACAGAUUGGCCAAAGUCUGAAUAUGAGAAGUUUGAAGUUGUAACUGAGGAUUGGUGCAGGCAGGCUUGCCUAGCUGAUUGUUUCUGUGCCGUUGCCAAUUUCAGAAAUGGCCAGUGUUGGCUGAAGGGAAGCCCCCUUUUGAACGGGAGGGUCGACCCCAUUAAUGGUGUAACAGGUCUAGUCAAAAUAAGGAAGGAAAAUUCAACCAUGGGACCUGGUGGUGGAUAUUCAAAAAAGAAAGACAAUUCAACUCUGAUCGUAGUUGGAUCGGUGCUCCUGAGUAGCUCAGGGUUUCUAAACUUCCUUUUACUGCUAACAAUCUAUUUGGUUGUUUCACGCAUCUAUUAUAGAGAAGCAAAGGUGAGUCAACCUUAUCUCGUCAUGAAUUUGAAAUAUUUCACUUAUGAAGAGCUAGAAGAAGCUACCAAUGGAUUCAAGGAAGAACUAGGCCAUGGUGGUUUUGCAACAGUUUUCAAAGGAGUUUUAGGGGCUGAUAUGGGGAAAUUUGUUGCUGUCAAAAGAUUAGAUAGUAUGGUUAAAGAAAGUGAGUUGGAAUUCAAAGCUGAAGUGAGCGCAAUUAGCAGAACGAACCACAGAAAUUUAGUCCAGCUACUAGGAUACUGCAACGAAGGGGAGCACCGAAUGCUUGUAUAUGAGUUUAUGAGCAACGGCUCUCUAGCUGGCUUCCUCUUUGGAGAGUCAAGGCCAAACUGGUAUCAAAGAAGGGAAAUCGCCUUAGGAAUUGCAAGAGGUCUCUUGUAUUUGCAUGAGGAGUGCAACAGCCAAAUCAUACAUUGUGACAUUAAGCCUCAAAACAUUCUUCUAGACGACUCUUUCACAGCAAGAAUUUCAGACUUUGGAUUGGCCAAGCUUUUGAAAAUGGACGAGACUCACACUACCACCGGAAUGAGGGGAACUAGAGGCUAUCUGGCCCCUGAAUGGUUUAAAAACAUGCCAAUCACAGGGAAGGUAGAUGUUUACAGCUAUGGCAUUAUGUUGCUGGAGAUUAUUUGCUGCAGGAGGAAUUUUCAAGAAGAGGCAGAGGAUGAAGAUCAAAUGGUUCUAGCUGAUUGGGCAUACGAUUGCUAUGAGCAAAAGAAAGUGCAUCUGCUAUUACAGAAUGAUGAUGAGGCAAUGGAAGACAUCAAAAAGUUGGAGAAGUAUGUGAUGAUCGGAAUGUGGUGCAUUCAGGAGGAUCCAUCACUGCGACCCACGGCAAAGAAACUGACGAUGAUGCUCGAAGGAACCGUGGAAGUAUCAAUUCCCCCAGACCCAUCCUCAUUUACAAGUUCAAUACAGUAA